UUCUGUGAUUCAAGAAGCUCAUCCUGUAGAGGAAGCUGGUAUUGCUUUUGAGGAAUUAAAUGAGCUUGUUUCUCUCUGCUUCACAGCUAUUGAUUUUCUCGAGAAAAUACUGACAUUUAACCCUAUGGAUCGAUUAACGGCUGAGAUGGGUCUGCAGCAUCCUUACAUGAGUCCCUAUUCAUGCCCCGAGGAUGAACCGGUGUCUCAGCAUCCGUUUCGGAUUGAGGAUGAGAUUGAUGAUAUUUUACUGAUGGAAGCCAACCAGAGCCAGAUGUCUAACUGGGACAGGUAUCACGUAAGCCUCUCGUCUGAUUUGGAAUGGAGACAUGAUAAAUAUCACGACAUGGAUGAGGUUCAGCGGGAUCCCCGGGCGGGGUCGGAAUCCAUCGCUGAAGAAGCACAAGUUGAUCCACGGAAAUACUCCCAGAGCAGCUCGGAGAGGUUCUUGGAGCUCUCCCACUCAUCCAUGGACCGAGUAUUUGAUGCUGAUUGUGGGAAAUCAUGUGAUUACAAAGUGGGGUCGCCUUCCUACUUGGACAAAUUGUUGUGGAGAGACAAUAAGCCCCAUCAUUACUCAGAGCCCAAGCUGAUUUUAGAUUUAUCCCACUGGAAAAGAGCAACCAUAGCACCCGCAGCUGAGCUCUCUCUGGAAGAAGAACCAUCCAACCUCUUUCUGGAGAUUGCUCAGUGGGUGAAGAGCACGCAGGUGGGUCUCGAGUGUCCCGGUUCUCUUCCGGAGAUUCAGGAACGGAGCCUGCCAUCUUCUCCUCACCAUCUCCACAAAGAACCCACGGAGGUGAACGCUGAAACAGACCCCGAGUUUGACUUGGACGUCUUCAUCUCCAGGGCACUGAAACUUUGCACAAAACCCGAGGAUCUUCCGGAAAACAAGCUCAGUGACAUCAACGGGGCCUGCAUAUCUGAGCACCCCGGUGAGAUUGUACAAACAGAGGUGUACCAGAAAGAACGAUGCAUCUUAAAAUGACGAGGACAAAAUCAGCAUUUUCAUUAUGGUCAGAUACCCUCCUGGUUUGACGGGUUCCCAAAACACCCAACUGUGAGCUCCUCUGAGGCACUCGUGUGAAUACAGGCGGUACGGAGCCAGCAGAGAAUGGAACUAGAGGUAGAGUUUGGCCACCAGCCAGAAAAGAACUCUUCAAGAAUGUUAAUGGGGCAGAAAUUCGACCUACAAAAUACGGGCCACUUUGGGAUUUUUAUUUUUUUCUGAUUGGAAGACAAAAUUCGUGCUAAGCGCGUUCUUGUUUGGUUUCUCGCACGUAAAUUCUCCCUCCUGUUGCACGGGGUAGAUCGGAGCUCUCCGAGUGCUUAGGAGGCCCCCACACGAUGCGUUUCAGUGGAACAACCCGGUGCUGUGGGUCCUGUCUUGAGGCCCAGCAGAUCAGCGAGUCCUGUCGAGAGCUAGAAACGGGGUGUCCCACGGUGUGAUGCUGCCUGGCACCACCAGCUACACAGACUCAGCAAGGGCGUCCACCUUUGCGAAUUAAAAAAAAAAGGAAUGAAAUGCUACUAUUUUACCUUCUGACGAAGAUGCUGUGAAGAAAACAGCAGUUCCUGUGGCGUUAGACACGUAACUGGCCACUCUGCUUCUUUGGAAGAUGCUGGUGUCAGCAGGCAGCCGAGCGUGGUUUGUAAAUAGACACAAACACAACUGAUCUACUGUAACUUCUGUUUUCAUCCACACUUCUGAGCACCUUAAUAAUUAAUCAGCUAACAAGAGUUUGUAUAUGGGAGAAAUGUUCUAUACUUAUAUUUAAUCCAACUCGGCAGGUUUUUAAAUGGAAAAUCUGUAAAUAGUGUCAUAAAAGCCAGUCUCCGCUUCCCUUGCUGUUGUGUCACUGUGCUCUCCAGCACACUGGCACUACUAUCACUUGUAAAAGAGAAACUACUGUACUUAGUAACUCCAAGGUCUGUAUUUAACUGUUGUUCCUGUAUGAAUGAUUUCUCCCCUUUUAACAAGCAGUCUACUAAAUGUUUUGAGACGUGAAGAAAGCUCAUUUGAGACUCAGACGGUAACUAACAGCAGCAUUUAUUGUACUAACCCUGGUUUCUAUUCUUGGUGGGAUUAGGUACAGGUUUAGCCGUAGGAGAGCUGUGCUAGGCCUAAAAAUUGUUCUUACUGUGAAGGUCUCUCCUUUGGCUGAUGGAAAUGCUGUUACUCCGGCUGAUUAGUGGCAUAGGCUGCCGGCUGCAGGGAUGGGAUGGGAUGGG